CUUGCUGAUAACCGCACGCGACAGCCAAUGUCUCUGCACUUGCGCUUACAUUAACAGUGAUCGCCAACAUUGGCAUGUGGGAGCACUACACAGGAGGAUGUCAGUGUCACAGCAAGAGAUGCUAUUGCUAUGCCGCGCCAUCAGGCAUGCCGGUGCGGGUGGGUGGGUGGCUCGAUGCAUCACGCCGAUGCUCUCUAGCCACCGUGAUGUGAGAGACGCCUGGAGGCCCGAACACGACCACGCACGGAAGUUGGGCAACGACGAGGGCGUCCGGCCAACGCAAAUCCUGCUUGCCCCAGUUGGACGAAGAUUCGAUCGUUCAUUCGAGGCAUUAUACCCUGUUCUUUCCAACGACUUCCUCCGUCGCGUACGACGCAGGCCGACCACCCACGGAUUUUGUAUAGGGAAGAAUGUUGUUUUCCCCGGGCCGGGCCGGGCCGGGGCGCUGCCACAGGCGCGCGACGACGUGUCUUGCGUUCCUACCGUACCAACGCCACUCCCGCUGCCGCCCGCCUGCCCACGCAUUGCUGCUUUUCUCCACACGCCACGCCGGCCCAUCCUCUGCUCUCUAUCUCUCUCGGCCUCUCGGGUACCACCGUCUCAGCCUGCCCUUGCGCGCUCUCGAUCGCUGGCGCGCGAUGGCAUCAGCCCGCUUGGGCGGCAUUGACGAAGCAGCAGCGGGGGCGACCAAGAAGAAGAAGAGAAUCGCCGACUGCCUCGUCGACAGCGACGGCGGAGACGAGGUGGCGGUGGACGACGCCGCCAUGCCGCCCUCGCCACCUUCGCCCGGGACGCCGCGGCUGCGCAUCCCGAUGUUCACCUGCGCGCGCCUUCGGUUCGUCAGGCUCGGCAGGAAAGGCGGCGGCGGACGGAAGGAUCAGGUCGCCGCCGAGAAGAGCGAGGCCGCGUCCACGGACUCCUCAGGUGCAGCAGUAGGAUGGAAAGCGGCGAGCAGCGGCGCGUCGCCGGCGGAAGCGGCCGGCAUGGGGCUGAGCCUGCUGUUCCUCCUCGCCAAGGCCUGCGUCGAGCUCAACAAGAUGGCCGAGGUGCGCGCGCAGAUGGAGGCGCUCCUGCGGGAGAUGAGGGACCAGCUGGUGGUCAGGACGACGAAGGCCAGCACGACGACUGCUUCGCCGUGCCUGUGCCACGCUUCGUCCGGUACGCGCACGGGCGGCCAAGGCGCCGGCGCCACUUCUUCGUCUUCUUCUUCUUCUCCCGAACCGGCGCGUCCCCGCCGUUUCCAUCGUGAUAAGCGCGUGGGACGGAAACGGAGGGACGGGCCGUUCUACGCGCUGACAGGAAACCCGCUGUUCGACCUCCAUCGACAACAGUGUGGCCGCGCGGCCGCCUCCUCGUCCUCGUCCGAGGCUUCGUCCCAAGUGGAGGACCCUACGAGCUUCAUGGCCAUGGAUGUGGCUGGGGCGCAGUUGCAGCUCAACUGCCGCACCGAGCAAGGAACAGCCGAGUCCUCGUCGGACGGCGAGUCAUUCAUCGAGCUGGACGGUAGAUUCGGGGCCGGAGCCGGUAGAGGCGGCUAUAGCGGGAGGCGGAGGCGAGAUUCAGGGGACGGGCAGGAGGAGGAGCGCGGCGACGAGGGAGUGCCGGCGGUGGAGCUGGACAGGCGGCUGCAGGAGCUCCGGCACCGGAGGAGCAGGGAGCGGAUCGAGGAGCUGGAGGCGUCGCUGAGGCGCGCGGAGAGGAAGCUCAUGGAGAAGGAGAUGGAGGCGCGGCUGUGGAAGGACACCGCCAAGCUCGCGAUGCAGCCGGGCACGCACGGCGCUGCGGGGCAGUGAUCAGUAUUGACCGUACGCAGUGCGUACGCCGUGUGGAUAGUGAUUAGUGAAUCUCUGGUGCAUUUCCGAAUCUAGGCGAGAGCCCGUACGCGAUUUGUACUUGUACAUGCUGCACACGUGCACGGGUAAACCGGAGAAGCUAGCUAGGAUCGGUUGGCUCCUGGCUGACGAUGUAUAUAUACUUGGUGGUGGUAUACUGUAGAAAGGUGCUCCUAUACAAAUUUUUUUGAACCAAUAAGACUUUAUUUCUCGAA